AUGGACAUGAACAAUUUUAUUGGUCGGCGAUUCAACCUCAUUUCGAUGAGCGAUAUUCGUUACGUUGGUACUCUGCACGACAUCAACCCCGAGGCUUCAACGAUUGCACUUGAGAACGUCGUAUCGCAUGGCACUGAAGGCAGACGUGGCAAUGCAUCGGAUGAGGUCCCUCCAACUAGUUGUGUUUACGAAUACAUUGUUUUCAGAGGCAGUGAUGUGAAGGACAUCAACUUUGCCGACAAUGAAAAGGAGAACCAGGCUCCAGAACCGCCGCAGGUGCCCAAUGACCCUGCUAUACUAGGUACUACGGCUCCUCCGCGCCAAGCUCAGGCUCCCGCAACCGCCCCAGCUCCUGCCCAGGCUGGCCGCGGUCAACCAGCUCAAGUUCCCCAGCAACCUCCCCGACAACAGCCACCACCUCCUGGCUAUCCUCAGCAACCGCCAUAUCCUAAUUACUACAAUCCUUAUGGACAGCAGUUCCGUGGGCCUCCCGGUGGCCCUCCCGGAUUCCCUGGAGCACCUGGCCCUGGCCCUGGCUUCCCAAAUAUGCCUUACGGACAACAAGGCUGGUAUCCUCCCCCAGGUCAAGGCUUCCCACAGCAACAGGGCCCAUUCGGACCACCCCAGAUGCCAAUUGGCCCUCCACGCGGACCUCCAGGACAGCAACAGCAGCCUCCGCAGCCGCCUCCGCAGCAACAGCCACAACCCCAGCAACGUGGAGCAGAGGGGGCUCCAGCCUCUCAGAAUGCCCCAAUGCCAACUUCCGAACUUCCUGGUGGUGAAAAGGCUCCAAAGAAACCUACAACCCCUGCCCCGGCCACCGCUGCGCAUAAGGAUAACCAGCAGCCGCCCCAAACCAAACCAGAGGCUUCCACCACCCAAAAUCAAAAGCCAGCUCCCGCCAAAGCACCUGCCCAGCCCUCCUCCGAGGCCACUACAGCUCCCAAGAAUGAAAGAAUUAUUCCUGCUGUCCCUGUUGCUGUGCCCCUAAAGCCCACUGCUCAGGUUACUGCAUCCGUCGGCGUUGGCCAACAGCCAAACCGAAGUGCUCCAAAUGCUAUGGAGGAGGCAACCCGAGCUGCUACUGCUGCUGUCGCCGCUGCAAUGGCAAAACUGCCACAGCCCGCUGGAUCCCAGCAGCAGCAAUCUACAAACGGCUCCGUAGAGGCCGUUACUAAGAAGGUUAAUGAAAUGCGACCGUUUGAUGGUGAACGUCAGUCGAGAGGCGGCCACCGUGGCCGAGGUGGCCACCGUGGACACCACCACCACCAUCAGCAGGUCAAGAAGAUCGAAGUUCCUGCUACCGAUUAUGACUUUGCAUCUGCGAAUGCGAAAUUCAACAAGCAGGAUCUCGUCAAAGAGGCUAUUGCUUCCGGAUCACCAUUACUUGAAGCCGAAGGAAAGGCUCAAAGCAUAACUUCCGAGGCCAAUGGAGCCGAAGGCGGUGAUGUCUCCAGUGCCGCAUCUGGUCAUGCUACCACUGUUGUAUAUGACAAGACCUCCUCGUUCUUCGAUAACUUAUCUAGCGAGAUGCGUGAUAGGGAAGAAAACGCCCGGAACAAGACCAGCGGCCGUGAAUGGCGCGGUGAGGAAGAAAAGAAGAACAUGGAGACUUUCGGACAAGGAAGCGUUGACAGCGGAUACCGUGGUCGAGGCCGUGGCCGUGGACGAGGGUUUGGCGGACGAGGCAGAGGCUAUAACCGUGGCUAUGGGGGUAACCGUGGCAGAGGCGGCUUCCGCAAUGGACGAGUUGCUGAAUCUACCGGGGUUCCGUCCGCUUCUUAA